GAUAAAAAAGAGUUGAGAAGAUGCUGUUUACAACCGGACAUUGGCCGAGACGUUGACAGAAACGGGCUUAAUGCUGGCAGUCGGUCGACGUCAGACCAUAUGGCUCCUGCCAUACGUCGGUCUUUGGCCAUACUGGUAUGCAGAUCUUCGUGAAGACCCUAACUGGCAAGACCAUCAAACUCGUGGUGGAGCCCUCUGCAUGCAUUGCAAAUGUCAUUGCCAAGAUCCAACAGAUCGAUAAAAUUCCCCCAAAUCAGCAAAGUUUAAUCUUUGCUUCCCAACAGCUGGAAGAUUACCGUACCCUCUCUUACUACAACAUCCAGAAGGAGUCCACUCUCUCUCUGGUCUUGCGUCUGCCUGAGAGUAUAAAGAUAUUCGUGAGGAUCGUGACUGGUAAGACUAUCAACCUCGAAGUUGAGCCCACUGCCUCUAUUGCAAAUGUCAAAGCAAUGAUUCAAGACAAGCAGGGUAUUCCUCCAGAUCAACAGAGGCUGAUCUUUAAAGGCAACGAGCUGGAAGAUAACUGUUACCUUUCUACCUACAGCAUCCAGAGAGAUUCAACCCUCCAUGUGCAGUUAAAGUUAAUGCAGAUCAUCAUUGUGAAAACCUCUUCUGACACAAUGAUCGCCCUCGAGAUUUUUUGCUCUGACUCCGUUGAGAGUAUCAAGAACAAGAUCCAAGACAAGGAGGGAAUUCCCGCACAAAUACAGAGGUUGAUCUUUAAUGGUCGCCAACUAGAAGAUGGUCGUACCCUCUUGGACUACAACAUCAAUAAUGGAUCUAAGCUCUACCUUGUACUUCGGCUUAUCGGUUCUUGAACCCCAUGCAAUCAAUGCAAAAAAAUAUUGGUUCUCAUGCUAUAAUAAUAAUUAAUUUCCAGUAUAAUUUUUGAGAUUGUGUAAAGAAAUUAUAAUUUGUGCAACAAUAUUACUUUAAAACCAGUUUAAACUCCUAUUACAUUUGCAAGUACCAUUCCAAGGCGCUUAAUGGAAUUUUGUUCAUGUAUGCUUUGUACGCGCGUGUCUUGUAAUUUCUUUUGCUUUGUGUCAACCCGUCUGUCAAUUGGUUUCUUGGUACCCUCCUGGUUUAACUGAAGUUUACCUUUAUAUGUAUUUGGUGCGAAAUGAAAACGAAACUGCAUAUUUUUUAGAAACGUACUGAUUUCAUUUACUAACCUCGAUUACGGUAGAAGAUAAAAUAUUCAAGCCCGUCUCAUAUAUACAUGUGACGUAUUAUUGAAUGAGUGUGUUUGAUUGGUUGAUUGGAAAACAGAUUUUCUAUGACCACAUGAAAUUAUAGAAAAUCUGUUUUCCAGCCUUUUUUUAAAUGCAUAUCGAUAUCAGGUAACCAUGCAAACUUUGCCCUUUCAAUGACUUUGUGC